CCACCGAUUCCUCAGUUGUUCGAACGGCUUAUCGUUGCUCGCGCGAACAGCCACGGCAAAGUGAACAAAGUGAGCCUUCGUGUUCGCGUGUCGGCGCCGCCGAUGCCGCGGGAUUCCCAGAAGAUCGUUUUGCGAGUACGGAUCGCGAUCGAUCGAUCCUCGAAACUGGGUCGGUCGCGUGCGGAACGGACGCGGAAAGUGUGAUUCGGACGAGAGAUCGGCCGAGACUGGGCCGAUAUUCUCGUUAUCAGCGUUAUCUGAUAGCUACUUGAACGAUUUUUAUUCCAGCCACGAGGCGCACGAGUGUCUUGGUGAAGUUCGGUCGGCGCGACAGAUAUAAUUGCUAUGUUCGUUUACCUCGAUCGACGAUCAUGCGCUGCUGCUUAGGCUCGCGACAGUGCUGAAGCAAGGCUGACCACGACGACACCUUCUCUCCGGCCUGAGUCACCUGGGAGACCAUGGCCCCUGCCAAUCCUGCGUUCGAGGACACCGAGCUCAGUGUACUGGAAAUUGACCGCUGUCGCGAUGAAUCCGUGGAAGAUAAGGCAGCGAGAAAGGAGGACGAUUCCGUCGGUUGUUUAGCAGCAAGAUACCUCGCGUUCAGCGCCUUCCUGUCGAAGCACCACAGGAUCGUCAGGAUCCUGGCAUGGCUCGUUUUCAAUGGUUUGCUGCUGACAUACUUCGUCUUCGCCACGCUAUACUGGAGGAACAACCGCUUCGAGCAAGGAUUCAACUGGUGCAAUGGCUACGGCAUGCUGCUCCUUCUGUUCCUGUUCAGUUAUGGCGGCGUGGCCUACCAUCAUGCCGCGAAACGAUUCGGAAAAAGGUUCGGCCAGAGUGCCAAGCAGUUCAGCAAGAGAUUCGAAAUUUUCCUCAGCACCAGACACGGUCGAAUCGUUUUCCAGUCGGUCUUAUACGGUUGCAUAUUUGCCGCCUUCGCGGUGUUCCUAAUUUUGGACACCGCUGACUCGAGAGAGAGACUGAUCGGCAUCAUCGGACUAGUCACGUUCAUAUGCUUCGGAUGGGUCUUCUCGAAGCAUCCUGGUCGCAUCAAUUGGAGGACAGUCCUCUGCGGAUUGAUCCUGCAGUUCCUCUUCGGUUUGUUCACGAUCCGAUGGGAGGUCGGCAGAGCAAUUUGCAAGUGCGUGUCCGACAAGGUAGCCGAGUUCCUGAACUUCGCCAAAGCCGGAUCGUCGUUCAUCUUCGGCGACGAGCUGGUCAACGGCGGCGUCUUCGCGUUUUCGGUGCUGCCAGUGAUCUUCUACUUCAGCUUCUUCAUCCAAAUACUGUACUACCUGGGCGUGAUGCAGUGGAUCAUCCUGACCGUUGGUCGAAUUCUGCAGGUGCUGAUGGGCACGUCGAUCUGCGAGUCGUUGUACAGCUGUGCCAACAUGUUCAUAGGAAUGACGGAAACUCCGUUGCUCAUCAAACCGUACCUGAACAAGCUGACAACCUCCGAAUUCCAUGCUCUCAUGUGCUCGGGAUUCGCGAUGAUAUCAGGAACGGUGCUGGCCGCUUACAUCGAGAACGGCGCGAACCCGGCUCAUCUGAUAACUGCAUCGCUGAUGGCAGCACCUGCUUCGCUAUGCUACGCGAAACUAUUUUACCCGGAGACCGAGGAGAUCAUCGUUACCCGCGAAAACGUGAAGCUCGAGAAAUCCCAAGACGCCAGCCUCGUAGACGCUGCCACCAAGGGUGCAAUGGCAGGCAUCCCCUUGGUUCUGGGCAUCAUUUCCAAUAUCGUCGCGUUCGUUGCAUUCAUCGCACUUGUGAACUCGUUGCUAAAUUGGCUGGGCACCUUGGUCGGCUACGAUCCUGCUCAACUCGGCGAACCUCUCAGUCUCGAACUGAUAUUAUCGAAGGUGUUCAAGCCGGUAAGCUGGAUAAUGGGGGUUCCAUGGGAACAGUGCGAGCACGUCGCGACCUUGAUAGGCCUGAAGGUAGUGGUCAACGAGUUCGUAGCCUACCGUAAAUUAGGGGUGCUUAAGAACCAGGGCAAGCUCUUUGGUAGGGCAGAAGCCAUCGCGACAUACGCCAUUUGCGGAUUCGGUAAUCCGGGAUCGGUAGGUAUCACGCUAGGUGCUAUGACCAGUUUAGCACCGGAAAAGAAAAAAGAGAUCAGCGGCACUAUUAUAAGGGCGUUUGUGGCUGGCACUAUCGUGUGUUUAAUGACUGGCAGCAUCGCUGGGUUACUGGUCACCGAGGGUGCCUUCGACAGCCCUGCCAAUUCUACUGCGACACCUUUGAUCGCUGCCAAUUCUACCAACGCGUUUGUCUAAUGAAUUUCUAGCCGAACGAGUCGUCGUCCUGACGACUAUACCGCAGAUUUUAUAUAAGUUAAAACUUUUUAUAGACUGUUUUAUAUAAACCAAAACGAAUCAAGAGUUCGUUGCAUCGACCAACGAAUUCCUCGCGGUAAAAAUAAAAUGGCGGUGCCGUUGCCAUUCGUUGACGUCGAUGUUUCGUUAAAUUUUUAGAUAUCUUUGUUAUUAUUGACAAUGGGAAGAAAAUAUCGGAAGAAAAUAUAAUUAGAUUUGAAACUUC